GAGGAGAGGGUCAAGACAGUCCAAACCGAGCGCUUCACUUCAUUACGAACACAACUCACAGCAGCACUAUACUGAGCACACCGCAAGAGCUGCGAGGGGACGGGAUUUAAGGAAUUAAGCUUCACUUUGGAAGAUCGAUCGUGUCUGAACAGAGUUUUUUGUGGAUUUGCUGCGUCUGGAGAGCUGUGAGGAUGCGCGUCUCGGUCCUGCUGCUGCUCUGCGCUCUUUACGCAGGGGACGCGCACAAACUCUCCGCGCUCACGUUUCUGCGUGUGGAGCAGGAUAAAGAAUGCAAUACAGAUUGUUCCGGAGCUCCUCGCAAGCCGCUGUGUGCAUCAGACGGACGGACCUUCAGUUCCCGCUGCGAGUUUCUCCGCGCGAAGUGCCGUGACCCUCAGCUGGAGGUUAUCCGAGGGCCAUGCAAAGAUACGUCCAGGUGUGUGGCAGAGAAGAAAUACACUGAGCAGCAAGCUAAGAAACUCUUCCCACAGGUGUUCGUACCUGUCUGCAACCCUGACGGAACCUACAGUGAGGUUCAGUGCCACAGCUACACUGGUUAUUGCUGGUGUGUAACACCCAGUGGCAGACCCAUCAGCGGCUCAGCAGUAGCCAAUAAGAAACCCCAAUGCCAAGGGUCCAAGAAUGGUAAAGUUAAUCCAAAGGAACCAGGAAAAUCAGUUUCCUUGCAAAUCUUCUCCAUUCUAAAUGCAGAUCCUUCAACGGUUUUAGUAGUGGAAACCCAGCCGUCCACUGAUGAGGAAGACAUCAUCUCUCAGUACCCUACACUCUGGACAGAACAGGUCCGCAGCCGAGAAAAAAACAGUACCAGAAUACCACCGACCUCGUGUGAUCAGGAGCAGCUGUCGGCACAGGAAGAAGCAAAACAACAUAAAAACGAAGCAGUUUUUGUACCUGACUGUGCUCACGGUGGCCUCUACAAACCCGUCCAGUGCCAUCCCUCUACCGGGUACUGCUGGUGUGUCCUGGUGGACACCGGACGGCCCAUACCCGGCACAUCCACAAGAUUCGAACAACCAAAAUGUGAUGGAAAUGCCAGAGCCCAUCCAAACAAACCAAAGGACCAUUACAGGAGCAGACAUCUGCAGGGAUGUCCUGGGGAGAAGAAGACAGAAUUCCUGACGAGCGUGUUGGAUGCAUUGUCCACGGACAUGGUUCAUGCAGUAACUGACCCGGCUUCUACCGGCAGGAUGUUAGAGCCAGACCCCAGUCAUACUCUGGAAGAGCGAGUUGUUCACUGGUAUUUCAGUCAGCUUGACAAGAAUUCCAGUGGCGAUAUCGAAAAGAAAGAAAUCAAACCAUUCAAGCGUUUGCUGCGCAAGAAAUCCAAACCCAAGAAGUGUGUGAAGAAGUUUGUGGAGUACUGCGACAUCAGCAACGAUAAGGCCCUGUCUCUACAGGAACUGAUGGGCUGUCUGGGUGUCACUAAGGAAGAGGGGGCAAAAACAGGUGAAGGCACAACAUCUAGUAAACUGAACCUCUCAAAGAAACAAGGCUAAAGUGGCCGCCAUGAUUGUUCCCGCUCCCGCCCCCCACCAAAACGACAACGGAAACCAUAGUCUUUGCACUUUGUACUUUAAAACAAUGUAAAUUCACUUUGUAGAAAAAAUAAGGUAUUUAAACAGACUGCUGAAUAUGUGAAUGAUGUAGUUAGCAUUUUUAUGUCCUUACAAAAACAACAAAAAGAAUAAUAAUAAUUUAACACAUACAAUGUAUGUGUCCUUUGUGAGUCUAAAAUAAGUAUACUUUUCUGAGUUGUACAAGUAUUACAUGUUGCAUUUGUCAAGGCCAUCUUUUUUUGUUACAUAUUUUGUUUGUCUUUUCUUUGACUAAUUUCUGGGUAGUUUAUAAUGCAUUUAAACUGAUUUUUUUUAGAAGCCUCAACUCACACAAGUUUUUAUACCAAAUCCCAACUACUGCCUGAGCUUGGAAUUAUUACAGAUCAUAGUCCUGUACCACACAUGGAAUGGAAGACAGAUUAAUUUUGUUGAAAGUGCUUCAUGAUGAUUAGAAAUAAAGAAGUCUUUUAUAAUA